UGCUGUGCGCCGUUGCCAGGAAGCAGGCGCGGGGCACAUCGGGAAGUUGCGGAGGCGGGCCCUAGCUGGUCAUUUAAGCGGAAGUGUGCGCAGACCCCCACGUGGGCGGGGAAAAGAAGGCGGGUCUUGCGGGCCCUGCUACCCUAGCCUACCGGCAACCAUACGGAGCGUGCUUCCUGAAGGACCUGGCGCGAGGCCUGGAGACCCCUCACAACCCGCGGAGUCUGCGCCACUGACUUCCGGGAACCGGGCUCUCCGUGACGUCAAACGCGGAGACUUCCGUUUCCGCUCGGGCGGCCUGGCUCAAUUGCUAGGUCCUCCAGUUCUCGCCGGAUUCCCGCGGGUCCUCGCAGAGGGCCAAGCAGGUGGCAGCUGCCAGCCUGGGGCCCGGGUGUUGAAGGCCCGUGUUUGAGGACUUGGAGCUAGACCAUUCGUGCGCCCUCCUAUCCAACACUAAUUUGUUGAACAUCUACUCUGCAAGAUGCUGUAACUAGCCUGGGAUGAGUUAAUGUGGUGUCUACUUUCAUUUGCUUUAGAAGACAGACUUGCAGAGAAGUAGGUACCCUACAGGGUAAGGUGUUGAGACGCACAGGGACAAUACUGGGGUGAAGUGAGUUGGGCACUGAAUGCACGAGGAAGCCCCAAAACUCUGUAAUCAAGGAUGAUGACUGUCUCACUAGUAAAGUCUGCAGAAGUUCGGUACGUCGGUAGCCUCUAUCUCUGUCCAAAGAGCAGAUUCCACGAAACCAUUGAAUUUGUACCUUGUAACACUUGGGGAAAGCGAGAGAGAAUGAAAAAGAACUCAGCUAGGCGGUGUUGGCUCAGAAUCUAGGCAAUUCUUCAGACGAUCAUGGGUAUCCGAGGACUAAUGAGUUUUGUAGAAGAUCAUAGUAAUGAGUUCUUCACUGAUGUUAAGUUGCGAGACACAAAAAUUAUCAUUGACGGCUAUGCCCUCUUCCACCGGCUUUACUUCAAUUCAAACUUGGAGCUGCGGUAUGGAGGGGACUAUGAUUCUUUUACAGAUGUUGUACAAAAAUUCUUUGAAUCACUAUUUGCUUGUAAAAUCUGUCCAUAUGUUGUCUUAGAUGGAGGAUGUGACAUUUCAGAUAAGAAGCUUAACACUUUAAAGGAUCGAGCUAGGGAGAAGAUCCAGAUGGCCCAUUCCCUUUCUGUUGGCGGGGGUGGGUAUGUGUGCCCCUUACUCAUCCGAGAGGUGUUCAUACAGGUUCUGAUCAAGCUGCAGGUAUGUUUCGUCCAGUGCUUUUCGGAAGCAGAUCGGGACAUCAUGACCCUUGCUAAUUACUGGAAUUGCCCCGUGUUAUCGUCCGAUAGUGACUUUUGCAUUUUUGACCUGAAAAGUGGGUUUUGCCCAUUGAAUGGCUUUCAGUGGAGAAAUAUGAACACCAUCAAGGGCACACGAGACUGCUACAUCCCUGCCAAGUGCUUUUUCCUCGACACACUGUGCUGUCACUUUGGCAAUAUGAACAAAACGCUGCUGCCUCUUUUUGCGGUGCUGUGUGGAAAUGACCACGUUAAUCUGCCUGUCAUGGAGACGUUCUUGAGUAAAGUACGACUCCCUCUUGGGGCUGCCAGUUCUAAGGGUAGGAGACAUCACCGGGUGCUGGGACUUCUAAAUUGGUUGUCUCGUUUCGCUGACCCUACCGAAGCAUUAGACAGCGUUCUGAACCAUCUCCCCAAAAAGAAACGAGGAACUGUGAAGGCACUUUUGUGCAGCUCCAUGGAGGAGUACCUACAGGCCCAGGGAAGGCUUCAGGACUUCUUCCAGCAUGGUGCUUACACCUGCCCAGACACCUGGAAUCCCGGUUUACCACCGUGGGUGCUUGCGGCCUUAGCCAGGGGCCAGCUGUCCCCUUUCAUUAGCGAUGCUCUAGUGCUGAGACGGACCAUUCUCCACACACAGGUGGAAAACAUGCAGCGACCAAACGCCCACAGAAUCUCUCUGCCCAUCCGGCAAGUCAUCUAUGGACUCCUCGUGAAUGCUCCUCCACAUGUGCGUAAUGUGGCCUGGGAUGCACUGCCUCCUCAGCCUCCAACUUUCAGCGAAGUGGAAAGGAUUAAUAAGAAUAUCAAAACAUCAAUUGUAAAUGCAGUAGAACUACCCAAGGAUCAUUCUGACUUAAGCAAAUUGACUGAGCUCUCCUUGGCUAGCCGGCAGAUGCUUCUGUUAGAAACGCUGAAGGUGAAACAGAGCCUCCUGGACCCAGUCCCUGCCGCGCUGAAGUUGCCUGUCGCUGUCAGCUGCUACUGGGUGCAGCACGCAGAGGCCACGCUAAAGCUGCAUCACCUACAGGCCCUGUUGCUGGGGAUGCUGCUGGGGCCCUUGCGUGCCAUGGUCAGCAGCCCUGAGGAGAAGGCUGUGCGGGGCGGCGGUGCUGAGGCGCUGCGUGAAGAGCUGCGGAGAGCGAGGGCGCCCCCAGGCACACGGCUGGACUUGGACACGGCCCACGUCUUCUGUCAGUGGCAGUGUUGCCUGCAGAUGGGGCUGUAUCUCAACCAGCUGCUAUCCACGCCUCUCCCGGAGCCAGACCUAACUCGACUGUACAGCGGAAGCCUGGUGCACGGGCUGUGCCGGCAGCUGCUGACGUCGGCCUCGGUGGAGAGCCUCCUGCACCUGUGUCCUGAGGCCCAGCAACUCUACGAACAUCUGUUCAACGCCACAAGGUCCUGUGCCCCUGCUGAACUGUUCCUAUCAAAGGGUAGAUUAAAUCCAAAAAGAAGAAAGCAGAAGAAAUCAGGUAUCAGCUCGUCAGAGAACAGAGUGGGAACCACCCUGAACGCUAGGAGUUGGCAUGAAGGAAGCAAUCGGUUUGAGCUGUUGAUGGUGGAGACUUUGGAGAAUGAGGCAGCCCCGGAGCUCAAAUAAACUCAGUUAUAUAAUUCUUA